UAUCAUAAAGUUAAAAAAAACCUUUUGUCAAAGUUUGAGAGUUCUGAUACGAAUUUGGUAAUAUCAAUAAGUGUCCUUUUUAUUUUGGAGCAACUUGUCGGAAGUGACUCCUGAAUUCGCUCGAUCCUCCAUGUCUAUCAGAUGUCGCUCUGGAUGUUUAGAACUGCUCUGAAAAGAUUUCAGAACAAAUGGAAAUCGUACAGACACAGGUUUGUGCCUUGGGUUGUACUGAACCUGUCUAAAAAUGAGAAAACUCUGCGGAAUGUGACGGAGCCCUCGAAAGACAAACUGGUCCCAGAUGACGAGGUUUCACAGAGCCUGCUGCAGCUCUUCAGAGUCCUGCUCAGGAGUCAUGGGGCUAAUCAUGGGCAGCUCCGAGCAGCUCAAACUCACUUUCUCAGACAGGUAACAAGUGAAGAACACCAGUGUGGAGGAAAUGCAGUGUGUGGAGAUGAUGCCAUGUUACAGUCUCUCGGAUUCUGUAUUGACCGGAAGCCUAGCACUUUGCCCUUUGCAGGAACUGGAGUGUUUAUCACCAAAGGAUUUGUGCCCAAAGGAGCUACAGUGGCCAUGUACCCUGGCACAGUCUAUCAAGCCUAUGAGCCAAUUCUCCUACAGUCCAUCAGAAAUCCUUUUGUAUUCAGGUGUAUUGAUGGUGUCUUGAUUGAUGGAAAUGACAAAGGCAUCUCCAAAAUGGUGUUCAAGUCAUGCAGUGGCAGGGACAGAAUAGGGCCUUUCAUGAUGAGUGACACCAGCUGGCUGACAGCCAGUCCACAAAACCCACUUGCUGUGGGUCAGUACGUGAACAACUGCUCCAACGAGUGGCCUGCUAAUGUGUGCUACCAGGAAUAUGACGUGCCGGACAAGUUUCCCAUCGAACUCCGCCAGUAUCUGCCUAAUGUCAACUACAGCCAGGACACACGGAGACCUCUGCGCUGUGUGGUCCUUGUAUCACUCAGAGACAUUACAGCAGGGGAAGAACUCUUCUCCAACUACUACACCAUUGUGCAUUAAUUACUUAAUUAGUCAAAAUACACUCCACCGUUCUGCUUUGGUGUCAGAACAGAGGAAAAUGUACAUUUUUCAAAUUCAAACAAUAUUAUCAUUAUCAUAUCUUUCAAAGGAAAAACUUAUUUUCAAAAACAUCUCUCUUUGUACACUCAGCAUUGCACUGGAAUAAAGGCAAAACAUGUCCUGUA